GUCCACCCACCGAGGCAGCACAGAAAGAGCAAAACCCCAAAACAGCACAGCUCACCUACAGCGCACACAGACACCUCCCUCCCCUGCAGCCUGCACGCACACAAAGGAUUUCGGGUAUCGCUGGAAAAAAAAGACGAAAUAAAACGAGGAGCCGAUCGAUUUCCCUCUUCAAAUAAAAACCCCACCUUUUCCCCAUCUCCUUCCGUCUGUUCGCGGGGGGCGACGGAUGUCUUCUCGUUGCGGCUGGGGCGGCCGUCCAGCGACCACGGAGUCAGUCGGGAGUAGUCGUCCGACUACCGCUCCAGCUCCACCAGCCGCUCCAAUCUAGCCGCCGGCCCGGCCCUGGCCCCUGGGGGAGACGACCAGUCGACAACGACGACCCGGCCGCCUCCUCAUGGAAGACCAGUCGCCUGACCGUACAUCGGUCGGUUCAGCUUCAGCGCCGAAAAAGCAUAGCGCUUCCUCACGAGGCCGGCGCCGUAACUUCUCGUCGUCAACGUGCAAGGAUUUUCUCCGCAAGUUUGUGGACAGCGAGCUUCUGACGUCAAGCCUAGAGGACUGGUUCUCCGGUCACAGCGAAGAUUGUGGUUUCAGGAAGCCAGGUUUCGACGUUCCUUUCGAGCUUACAGAGUUACACAAUUUCGAUUACGCUCUGGAGGGCGUUACUUUUCAGCAGCUAGUACGGAUGCCAAGCGCUCUGUACGCGUCGACGUCGGAUGUUUUUGAGGCCAGCGCGUAUCUUGCUCUGGAGGAUUUCCUUCACGCAGGCGUUAAAGGACUGUGGCAAACUUUCUGGGGUCCUGAUGAAGCGAUGCCGUUCUCGGUUGCCUGUGUACACAGCACGAGCUCCAGAUUUUAUCCUGCUGAGAAGGCUAUAAGCAGUGGAAGGCUCGAUGGUGUUUGCGCGACUGCUGUGCUGCUGAAGAAUUUGAAGCCUUCACAAGGAAGGUGGGAUCAUAUCGUCGUGCUGGCUUUGUUGAGACCUGAUGUCGGAAUGGUUUCCGCACAGGGUGACGAGGAGCCGUCUCCUGCUGUCUUAGGGGAGGCACUGUUCUUUGCUCUGCGUGUCCUGCUAUCUCGAAGCCUCAGCAAGUCCUCCACCGUUCUUCGCAAUUCGGACUCUGUUUACGUGCUUCUUUUUGAUUCACAGUUUGGCGGAGUGGUAAAAGUGCAAGGUGAUUUGAACAGGCUGGAUUUUGAUCUCAACAACGUUUAUGACUGUGCUGCUGAAUGGAUAAAGAAACAUUCCAGAAUUUCAGUCUGUUCCGUAGACCGAGUAUGGAACAAACUUGGGAAUGCUAACUGGGGAGACAUUGGGACCCUUCAGGUUCUCAUCGCAAUAUUUCACUCGAUGAUCCAAUUUUACGGAGAGCCUAAGUAUUCUCUCGAUGAACUGGCAACGGAACAUAGUUCAAGGCUACAGAGCCGAAGAUCAGAAAGACAUCUGGUUGACAGACAAGCUAAUGGCAAUGGUUUAUUUCGAUUCCAACAGCGAAGUCAUUCUCCUGAAAUUGUUGAGUUACAGGAGGAAGCAGCAGUUGAUGUGAAACCACAUGAAACCUUAAGGCUUGAAAUAGGGUCUGUUGUAUUGAUGGAUGAUGCUUACACACAGAAAGGUUUUCAAAUCAGUGACAUCCUAACAGGCAGUGAUCCUCCUAUUUAUACUUCUGCUCCUGUGGAAGAACCUACCAAAACUUGUUUGCUGUAUGUAGGCUCCAGCCCUUCUCAUCUGGAUCCGGCAUGGGAGGAUAUGGACUCCUGGUACCAAGUACAGAGGCAGACAAAAGUACUGACCGUGAUGAAGCAAAGAUGCAUUUCCAGCAGAUAUAUACCACACAUGGAAUCGUCCGGACGGGUCAUCCAUCCAGGCCCAUGUAACAACCCUAACUCAAAUGCAAGUUGUGGUCAUCCAUGGUGCAGUACUCCAAUGCUUGUCACCUCACCAGUUGGUGAGACCAUUUCGAAUCUGAUACGGAAUGGAUUGUUUGGUGCCGAGGAGGCUCUGAGAUGUUGCCAUGACUGUUUAUCUGCUCUUGCUGCAGCAGCAUCUGCAGGAGUCCGUCACGGUGAUAUCCAGCCGGAGAAUGUGAUCUGUGUCAACAAUGGUUCAACACAUCCGUAUUUUGUGCUUAUUGGAUGGGGCCAUGCUAUCCUUGAAGAUAGGGAUCGACCAGUAAUGAAUCUAUUCUUCUCGUCUACAUUUGCGCUCCAGGAAGGAAAACUAUGUGGAGCGUCCGACGCAGAAAGUUUAAUCUACCUUCUAUAUUUCUCUUGUGGCGGAGUUUGCCCCGACCUUGACUCUGUCGAAAGUGCACUUCAGUGGAGGGAGACGUCAUGGUCUAGGAGAGUCAUACAGCAGAAGUUGGGCGACAUCUCAGCAGUGUUAAAAGCUUUUGCGGAUUAUGUCGACAGCCUCUGUGGAACUUCGUACCCGAUGGACUAUGAGAUCUGGUUGAAACGACUGCGAAGAACAAUAAACGAAGAUCAUGGGAAGGAGGUUGACACAUCCUCGAGUUAAUGCUGCAACACAUUCUCUUGCAGAUCCAAAAUUUGGAAGAUCAAGAGUGAUAAUCAGCUCAUUACCUUUUGUUGUUGUUGUAGAUAAUUUAUUUGUGGGAGGUCCAUAGGUCAUAGUAUUGUCCAUCCUUUUGCACCAUUUUUCUUGGAUAUAAGGGUAUUUCAAAAGUUGCGAUCUGCUGCUGCUAUCCUCAAUGGGAUCACUGUCAAUGUUUUCUAUUCCUUGGUCUUGCCUUCAGCCCUUCACACAGGAGAUCCUUGAUGAUAUCAGCAACAUGAUGUAUUUUGUGAAUCUUUGGUAAAUUGGUGAGCCUCUGCUCUUGUUGCCCUCAGAGAUUCUGGUCCCAUUUUAUUCGGUUCUGGUAGGCUUCAGGAUGGUUUGUUUUUCUUGUGAUCAGUGUCUAAACUGUUAAUCGGUUGGUAAAUUUGUAACUGCUCUAGAAUAGAGGUUACAUAGUAGCAUUUGAGCUUGACUAAGUUAUUUGUGGGGUGCGAGGUUCCAUGUAAUUAUGUAAAUGUUCUACUGAGCUGCUCAGAGUCUUAUCCUACUACUGUUUUUGAAUC